GUGGCUGAGGAAAACAGGAGAUAACUGACACCGCCCAUUCAAAUCCCGUUUCUCAUUGGGUGGUUUUAUCUCUUUGGCCCAAAUUUCGGUGUAACCAAAAAAAAUCUUCACACACAUCCUUGACCAUUUUCUUGUUCAUCGCUCUCUUUCUUCUUCACAAAUCCUAAACGAGUAGGAGCUAUGGCUGCACCGAUUGUUGAUGCGGAGUACUUGAAAGAGAUCACUAAGGCUCGCCGUGAGCUCCGUUCUCUCAUCGCGAACAAGAACUGUGCUCCUAUCAUGCUCCGAUUGGCAUGGCACGAUGCUGGAACCUAUGAUGCUCAAUCGAAGACCGGUGGACCUAAUGGCUCUAUCAGGAACGAAGAAGAGCACACUCAUGGUGCCAACAGUGGUUUGAAGAUCGCUCUCGAUCUCUGUGAGGGCGUGAAAGCUAAGCAUCCCAAAAUCACAUACGCAGACCUGUAUCAGCUUGCUGGUGUGGUAGCAGUUGAGGUUACUGGUGGACCUGACAUCGUGUUCGUUCCCGGGAGAAAGGAUUCAAAUGUCUGCCCCAAGGAAGGAAGACUUCCUGAUGCCAAACAAGGUUUCCAACAUCUCAGAGAUGUCUUCUACCGCAUGGGACUAUCUGAUAAGGAUAUUGUGGCACUCUCAGGGGGUCAUACUCUGGGAAGGGCUCACCCGGAGAGGUCAGGCUUUGAUGGACCAUGGACCCAAGAGCCGCUGAAGUUUGACAACUCCUACUUCGUGGAACUGCUGAAAGGAGAAUCAGAGGGCUUGUUGAAACUUCCAACUGACAAGACCUUAUUGGAAGACCCGGAGUUCCGUCGUCUUGUUGAGCUUUAUGCAAAGGAUGAAGAUGCAUUCUUCAGAGACUACGCGGAAUCGCACAAGAAACUCUCUGAGCUUGGUUUCAACCCAAACUCCUCAGCAGGCAAAGCAGUUGCAGACAGCACGAUUCUGGCACAGAGUGCGUUCGGGGUUGCAGUUGCUGCUGCGGUUGUGGCAUUUGGUUACUUUUACGAGAUCCGGAAGAGGAUGAAGUAAACGAAAUAGGAAGUAAAACACGAAGCAACGAUGCUCUUAUUUGGGUAUUAAAGAAACUAUUAAUCGUCUAUCGAAUCUAUUUUGCUGCUACAAGAUUCUAAACUCUUUGAAUCCACGAUUCUACUGUUUAGUAGUAAAAAAGUUAAAAAGUCAAUAUUUUGGGUCCGUGAUUCAUUUUUGCGAUAUUUGUUCAUUGCAAUGUUCGUUUCACUUAUUAAUUAGUACCAAAGAAAAAGAAAAAAGAAAGAAACAAAGAUCGGUCGAUAUCUACCAAAGUGGGGAC